AUGAAUCAAAAUGAUGAAAAUAUUGAAAGAUGGUUGCAGCAAGAGUUAUCAAAUGAAAAAGACAUGCGAAACGAGGAUUAUAGUGACAAAGAAUCUGAUUUUACUGAAGAUAUUGUGCAGGUUGAAGACUGUGAAUCCAAUUCUGAAUUUGAGGUUAAUGAAACGACAAAAAACAGUUCGUUUCAAGCUGAAUCGUCGGGUAAAGUUUGUUCAAGGUCCAGAUCUUUAUCUAGGACACCGCAUGAGAAUAACAUUUCAGAUGAUGAUAUCCUCAGUUCACCUUUAAAAUCUGCAAGUACGCCCAGAAAGAAAAAUUACUUUGCUGCUAAUAGUUUUCGUUGGGCAUCUAUUUCUAUACUCAACGUUUCUCGUGCAAGAACACCGCAACACAAAUUCAUA